AUGGAUGAACUCAGACAGGCUAAUGGAGACUCUGGUUCUUUGGACGGUCUUCGUGCCACUCUUCUAAAUUUAGACGGCAAGACUCCUCUCGCCAACAGAUUCAGAGCUCUUUUCCAUCUCAAGUCUUUGGGAUCUGAAGGUAACAAGCAAGCUAUAGACAUUAUUGCCGAGGGAUUCAAAGACCCUUCAGAGCUGCUCAAGCACGAGUUGGCCUAUGUCCUUGGUCAGACUAAACAACUACAUGCUAUCAACCCUCUUGUCGAGACUCUCAAGAACCGGGAGCAACAAGCCAUGGUCCGUCACGAAGCUGCUGAAGCGCUAGGUGCUAUUGGAGACGACUCAGUUCUCAGCAUCCUUGAAGACUAUUACAAGAACGAUCCCCUCGAGGUGAUUCGUCAGACCUGUGAGCUGGCUAUUGAGCGUAUCAAAUGGGAGCACUCACAAGCCAAGAACACCGAGGACCUUGAAACCAGUGCUUUCUCGUCCAUCGACCCUGCUCCGCCAUUGCCCAAAGACCAACAACAGGUUGCCAAACUACGAGCCCUUCUCAACAACCAAGAAGAACCUCUUUUCCAGAGAUACCGUGCCAUGUUCAGACUGCGUGAUAUCGGUACUUUAGAAGCUGUUGAGGCCCUAGCAUCAGGUUUUGACGACUCGUCAGCCCUCUUCCGUCACGAGAUCGCUUACGUCUUCGGACAAUUGUGUGAUCCUGCCAGUGUUCCUGCUCUUAUCAAAGUGCUCAACAACGAGAAAGAGGAGUCUAUGGUGCGCCACGAGGCUGCUGAGGCCCUUGGAUCCAUUGCUACCGACGAAGUUCUGCCCGUGCUGUCCAAGUUCGCCAAAGACAACGAGACCGUAGUACGCCAGUCGGCCGAGGUCGCUCUCGACAUGUACGAGUUCGAGAACUCGGACCAGGUCGACUACACCCUCAUCCCCACCCAGUAA